CUUCCCCUGUUUUGAAACUAAAUUGAGAAUCGCGCGCGAGAGUUUCAUUUCAAUUACAUACCCCUCAGUCUCAAAAGCCAAAACCUUCCUUCACCCUUUCUCGCAAUUCAAAACUCAACACUAUCAUCAUGGACGAAACCAACGCAAUAACAGAGCGAGUACCUCACACGCGCUCACCAAAAUCACCACCUCCAUCAUCGACGGCGAAAAACUCAUCUCCAGUCACCGACGAAAAAGUCGUCUCCGGUCUCAGCACACUCCUCGUCGCAUCAAUUCAAGAAGCCAAAGACAAAAUCUCCCAAAUCGAAUACGUUUUCUGCUCCCAACUCUACCCUAAUUUCCAAUCCACUUCCAAAAACUCCGACUCAAAACGUCGCCGUAUCACCGAACUCGAACACGAACUCGACGAAGGCAUGACGCUGCAGAAGAAUCUCCUUGAUCUAAUCCGUUCGAAAGAUUCUUUACUGAAAUCGUGCGAAGAGAAGCGGAAAACCGCGGUUGCGAAAUUGGAGAGUUGUGAGAGUGAAAACGCGCAGUUGUUAGGGAAAAUCGUUGAUUUGGAGGAGAGAUUAAGGUUGAAGGUGAAGGAUGUUGAGGUUUUGGAAUUGAAAUGUGAUGAGAAUGAAGGUUUGUGUGGGAAAUUGGUUGAAGAAGUUGAAUUGUUGAAGUGUGAGGUUAAGGAUGAGAAAUUGAAGAGGAAUCGGUUGAAUGAAGCGUAUAAGAGGCUUAAAUCUCAACAUGUUUAUUUGAGGAAAAAGGUUGGUCUUAAUGAGGAGAAUAUGAUUAGGGAGAGUGAGAGUGAUUUGGGGAAGAAUCAGAGUCCAAUUGUGGAACAAGGUGUUGCUUUUGAAGACCGUGAUACCGAAGUGGAUGUUUGUGUAAAUGCUAAAGUGAAGAUUGAAAUCCCAGAUGAAGAUUUUGAAGGCCUUGAGAAAAAAAUUCCUGAAGUUUUUGUUGCUGUGCGUGACAUAAAUGAAGUGAAGGAGAAGGCAUUGGAGGAUGACAAAGGAGCUCCUUCUUCCUCUUCCGGUUUCCAUGGUGUCCAAAAAUGUCCACCCAGUACAAAAUUAGCUUCUGUGUCUGGUACAAAGCGGCCUGCACCUUCCUGGAGGCAAACCCGGUCUCAUCAAAGUCGAGCAGGCAAUGACCUUCAUGAUGACUUUCUUGAUACUCCUCUUGAAAAUAUUAGAGAUAAUUUAAAUAAGGAUUUGAAUAAGGAAGAUCCCGCACAACCAAUUCAGAAAGACAUUAGCAUGGACAGCUCAGAUGACGAAACACAGGAUUUGAAUGCCAAAAGCAGUCCCCCGAAGAAGCAAUCUUCCAUUACAGUGGCCAGUAAAAAGAGUUUCAAGUACAUUGAGCCAGUGAGAAAGAAGGCUGAUCGCGAAAAUUUAAAAGGAGUCGACUGCAAACAAUGUAGGAAGUUCUAUGAAGCUGUUCUUCCUAAUGCUGAUGGUAAGGACCCCGAUAGCAAUAAGCAAAAUAGUCGUUGUGAGCAUCAUGAUGGUGUUUCUAGGCAUCGUUAUAAGUAUGUUCCUCCUUUGACUCCGGAAGGAUUUUGGAAUAUUGGAUUUGAAUCUGAAUUAUAAGGAUAAAUGCCUGAUUAGAUUACUGCUGUUCAAUCUAUACAUGGAUUCAAUAUUCAAAUUAACUUUUGGUAGAUAAAUAAAAAAUAAUCCGUUUUGAACAA